ACACAUACUCACUCCGCUCCCGCGGUCCCCUUCCUCUUACCGGUGGGCCUCUUUCCCCACACACUCCUCUGAGGACUACCUCCAUUCCCCUUCCCGCCAUGGAAGGGAGUUCAUCCGAGGAGAUCGCCGCGACGCAGUCCACAACCCAGGUCAGCGCGCCAUCAGCGGCUCAUGAUCAGGCCCAUGCGGACACCAUGGACCUUUACGCCGUCCUUAUGGCAAUCCAGGCACAACUUAGUAUGCUUGGACCAUUGCAAGCGCAAAUCAAUGUGCUAGCCCUCGACGUCAACCGCCUCAAGGUCUCCCCUCAUCGCUCUCCCCACCGCUCUCACACCCCAUCCCCUACCGGCUCCGAGUCCGGCUCCCCACAACUCCAGAGUCCGAGACAUCGUGGUUCCCCCUCCUCUGGGGGCCAAGCCCAACACUCCCCCGCAGCAGUGGCGAGUGCUGCUGCCGCUCAGACCACCCCAUCUGCUGCGGCAGUUCUCCUGAUCACGGUCGCCCCUACCGUCUCUACUACUGCCGUAGAUGCUGCGGUCCAGACGCCUAGGCGCUACCAUUCCUCCGCAUACUUCGACGUGUUGGAGACUGGGUACGACUUUAUCCUUGGCACUCCCUGGUCUCGCCGGUUCCGUGGCACAGAGGCCGAAUGGGCGACCGAGACACUCGUUCUCAAAACGAAGUGUGGUCAGACUCAUCGCGUCCCGUUCAUUGGAACCACCGGCGACACCCCGCCCGACCUACCUCCCCAGAACCCUCGUCCCUCAAGGUCCCACCCCGACAUCACGUUCACUUCCCCUCGUCAGUUUGCUCACUUCAUACGACAGGAGGACGUCACGUUCUACUCAGUGAACGUCAUGAAUCUUCUUCGCUAUAAUCCACUUUGUCCCGAGGUUGAGCUCAUCUCUCUGGAGCCCGAUCCCCCUGACCCUUCCUCCAUCUUCGCGGCGCCCAUCUCUACGUCCAUCCGUCAGCCUGCGGAUACCCCCUCCACGUCCCAGGCCCCUGAGCCGUCGACUGUCGAGUCCACACAUACAUCUCGUGCCGACGCAGAUGCUGAGGAACUCACACGGUUCACGGCAGACUUAGAGCCCGCCGUUCGCGACCUGAUUCGAGAGUACCGCGACGUCUUCCCCCCGUAUUUCUCAUACAACAGGAUUCCCCCGAUGCGCAGUGUUGAGCAUUCUAUCCAGCUCGUACCUGACUAUCGUGUUCACCAUCAGGCACCGUACCGACUCUCGAUCCCAGAGGCGACGGAACUCAAGCGUCAGCUUGAGGAGCUCCUUCGACUGGGUUUCAUUAAACCCAGUAACUCCCCUUGGGGUGUACCUGUCCUCUUUGCAUGCAAAGCGGACGGAACUCUCCGCCUCUGCAUCGACUAUCGCGGCCUUAACCGUUACACGGUUAAGAACAGCUAUCCCAUGCCCCGCGCGGAUGAGCUGUUUGACCGUCUGGCAGGCAACCGCUUCUUCACGAAGAUCGAUCUUCGUAGCAGUUACCACCAGAUCCGCGUUGCCACAGAGGAUCAGCCGAAGACCGCUUUUCGGUCGUGCUUCGGCCACUACGAUUACCACCAGAUCCGCGUUGCCAUAGAGGAUCAGCCGAAGACCGCUUUUCGGUCGUGCUUCGGCCACUACGAGUUCACGGUGAUGCCAUUCGGUCUCACCAAUGCCCCAGCCACCUUCCAGACGGCAAUGAACGACAUCUUCAGGGACAUCCUUGAAGAAUACGUUCUCGUAUACCUGGACGACAUCUUGGUCUACAGUCGUACCUUAGAAGACCAUAUCAGACACCUCCGCGAUGUCCUACAACGCUUACACACGCGUGGGUUCUAUGCCAAGCUCAGUAAGUGCCGCUUUGCCCAGCGCAAAGUGGACUUCCUAGGACACCAUGUGUCUGACCAGGGUCUCCACAUGGACGACGUGAAGAUCACUGCUAUUGCAGAGUGGCCCAUUUUACAUAAAGAGUUUGAGACGCCGGACGCAGCCCACAAGGUCGUGAAGCUGAAGGCUUUCGAGAAAUUUGGGAAUACUGCAGAGGCACUGAGCGCAGCGACGGCUCUUGUGGAGAGCAAGCUCGACAAGCGGUUGAAAAAAUUCCUGAAGGCGCAAUGCCAAGGCGACACUCUGGCUCUCGCCGACUCCAAGUUGGGCAACAUCAUCAAGGAGAAACUGGGCAUCAACUGUAUGCAUGGAUCUGCAGUGAUGGAGCUGAUGAGGGGAGUGAGGGCACAGCUGUCAGAGCUUGUGGGUGCCUUUGCUGGGCAAGAUCUGACGCCCAUGAGCCUUGGACUGAGCCAUUCUCUCUCUCGGUAUAAGUUGAAGUUCAGCCCAGACAAGGUGGACACUAUGAUCGUCCAAGCAAUUGGCUUAUUAGAUGAGCUUGACAAGGAACUGAACACGUACGCAAUGCGUGUAAGGGAAUGGUACGGAUGGCACUUUCCCGAGAUGACGAAGAUUGUUUCGGAUAAUAUCGAGUAUGCCAAGGCCGUGAAGUUUAUGGGCACAAGAGAAAAUGCUGCAUCGCUGGACUUUUCUGGGAUAAUUGCGGAGGAGGUUGAAUCUGAGCUGAAGGAUGCUGCUGUUAUCUCUAUGGGAACUGAAGUCAGCGAGCAGGACAUGGAGAACAUCAUGGCUCUCUGCGACCAGGUCAUUGCACUCUCGGAGUAUCGUGCCCAGCUGUUUGAUUACCUCCGGAGUCGAAUGAGUGCCAUUGCGCCGAAUUUGACAGUUCUUGUGGGAGAGUUGGUGGGGGCGAGGUUAAUCGCACAUGCGGGAAGUUUGAUCAAUCUCGCUAAGCAUCCAGCAAGCACCGUUCAAAUCUUAGGUGCAGAGAAGGCAUUGUUUCGAGCGUUGAAGACGAAGCAUGAGACCCCGAAGUACGGGUUGAUUUAUCAUGCGUCCUUGGUCGGCCAGGCGGCUGCCAAGUACAAGGGAAAGAUUUCAAGAGUUCUUGCUGCGAAAUGCGCGCUCUCUGCUAGGGUGGAUGCACUGGGAGAGUCGCAAGAAGCAACGAUUGGGUUUGAGAGCAGGUUAAAGGUGGAAGCACGCGUUCGGCAAGCCGAGGGCAAGGCUCUGGGCAAGAUAUCUGGAGCCGCGAAAGGAAAGGCGAAACUGGAUGCUUAUGAUAAGGACAGGAAGGCGGAUGCGCCGGCACUUAUCACUGCCACAAGAACCUACAAUCCUGCAGCUGACAUCAGGGUACCAAAGGCGGAGGACAAAGAGAAGAAGCGGAAGAAGGCUGAAGAGGAGCCGACGCCAAUGGAGACUGACGAGGAGGCACCAAAGAAGAAAAAGAAGGGUGCAGACGGUGUUGCGGAAGUACAAGUCAAAAAGGAGAUGGACGAUGAAUCCAUGGAGGAGGACAAGGAGGACGUGAGUAAGCAGGAGAAGAAGAAGAAGAAAAAGAAGAAGGGCCUUGGUGAGGAUGAGAGCGGGAAGGUAAAAAAGGAGCAGGUGAUUGUUGAUGAGAUGAAGGACGGCGAAGGAUCUGCGGAGAAGAAGAAGAAGAAAAAAAAGGACUCCGCUGCCGAAGCUGAUGUGAUGCAGGUGGGCAGUGAAGAUGAUGGGGCGGCUGAUGGAAAGACUGAGAAGACGAAGAAGAAGAAGAAGAAGGACACAGGCGCAGGAUCGGCUGGGAAAGGGUCACCAGAUGAGGUAGAGAUGGAGGAAGCAGCUGCAAAGAAGAAAAAGAAGAAGGACCGAAAAGAGAAGAGCUGAGGAGUCGCUGCAGUUUAGAUUCAGUUGAGGUAAAACCAAUCACUGCUUGGACUUUGCCUGUCCCUUAGCGUUUCAUGGCAUGGAACUGGUUGCUUGACGCCUGAAUGAUAUGUGACCAUUUCUCCUGACAGCAGCGUCUAGAGUCUAGACCAUUGGUCUCAUGCUCUGCCAAUUUCUUUCGGCUGGGCUGGGCUUGUCCGCCAAGCUAUUCAAAUGCAACUUUUGCAGCCAGCAGAUGCGCUCCUUCCUGUGGAGCAAGCCGAUCUCCAACCCGAAAAGAUAUCUGGGUAGGUCCCCACUUUUCCCAUCUACGUGGAAACCGCUGUCAGCACUGACCCACAGGGGUCUAGGUACGACUCCAAAUUGGCAUCGGGGCAAAACAUUGCUAUGGUCAAUCGAAUCGACCAGAUAAACUCUACGGUGUCUCUCUUCUCUGUUUGCGACUUUGUGCGACUGUUUGAGAAGCGAGAAGAGGCGUACGAGGAAGUUUUAGGGCAGCGCCGAGCGCCGUUGGUGACGUCCUGCUUAGCGGCCAGAGGGAAGGGAGGAAGUUGGGGAAAAUUAAGGAAAUUAGGGCAGUGCUGAGCGCCGUUGGUGACGUCCUGCUUAGCAGCCAGAGUGAAGGGAGAAAGUUCGAGGAAGAUCGUAACUGGAGUAGAACGACUGGUCCAAUUAAUGAACGUCGGCUGAGUGAAGGGAAACGUUGGCGAAAAGGAGUCGAACCACUAGUCGCUGAUAAGUGGACGUUGCCAAGGGUAGCGGAGUUCUCCGUGUCGGUCUUUUGUGAAAAAAAGAGUGCUACCAGAGUUGGUCUCUAUUGUGUUGCUUGGUACGAGGGUGUUUAACGCAGGAGGGAGGGAGGCAUGAAGGCAUGAAGGCAUGAAGGAGACACAUAUGAUGAUUUGAAGUUAUCCUUGCGCUUCGACUGGAACAUCGUUACGAUGUUUCGAGGAAGACGAACUUUCAUUUCCAGUUUGCUAAUCCUGGAUCCUGAUGUGUCUCUGCGAAUGCACUGCUUUCUCUGUCGAACAUUUGAUUUGUUCUGCUGUUUCGGAGGGAAAAGCGAUACCUCACCUGCGGAGCACCGAAUGCCAUUGGGCCCAUUUUUCUUCGGAACACUGGAAGAGUGUUCUGAGCUUCUGCAGAGUUGUAGUGGGUCUCAUUUUUCCAGUGUAGUUUGUAGUGUCCAGGCUGCGGAUACGUCAGGCGGCUGAUGUGCGUGUGUUCCUGAUCGUCAAUUAGGUUUUUGCAUGAGAGCAUCGCAAGCUGUCAAGGUGGCACAGAUUAUGAAGUUAGUGUUGUUAAUAGAACAAUGACUUAGUCUACUGUGCGAGCAAGGAGGGAGGGUUAUAUGAUUAUAUGAUUGUCUCGAGCUCGAGGAGGAUUAUAUCUUGUAUUUCCAGAUCUGAAUGCUGGAGCUUUUCGGAUGCUGAAGCUGUUCGAAUGCUGAAGCUUGAUGUGAGGGAGGGUUAUAUGAUUAUAUGAUUGUCUCGAGCUCAAGGAGGAUUAUAUCUUACAUUUCCAGAUUCGAAUGCUGAAGCUUUUCGGAUGCUGAACCUGUUCGAAUGCUGAAUCUUGAUGCGAUUCUGCCUACUACGCCAUCUCCUUGUCUUUUCUUGUUUUUGUUUUUGUUUUUUUUUCUUCUUUCGUUUUCCUCCCUCCUUUUUUCUCUCGUUUUGAAAAAAAAAUUGGCGCCGGCCUUGAGCAGCAUACCAUCCGAGCUACAUCAUCAAUGCCUUUUGACCUUCAGUCGUGUUUUUGCUUUUUCAAACACAUGUGAUCAAUUCCUGUACUGUUCUGUGGAGCGAGUGAGAGGAGAAAUCUCCUUUCCUAUUCUCGAAAGGCCAAGUUUUUUAAGCCCAAGCCGUCCAUCCGUGCUCAAGCCGCCAAGGAGGGAACAUGUAGGAGCUGCACCCACCAGCAGGUGCGAUACCUGCCACAGCAGGUGGGCGAUACCAGUCAGGGGUCUGCUGGUAGCAUCAGGACCGAGCUCUUUUUUUCGAUGGGCCAGUUGCUGUGCCUCCCCUCUGCCCUUCUCCCCCUAGGAACAUCAGCACUCUCUGCUAAAUGCUCCUCAUGGGGACCACCGACUUAUCUCUAGCUGGCGGGUGCCAAUCUUGCCCAGGAAGGUGGUACAUGAGGCCAAUGUCGAUUGAACCCAAGACCUCCUGAAUGCCACUUGUGGCCUUGCCAACUGAGAUAGGCCGCCAGAUACAGAAUAUGAAUCUCUUGGGUACAGUGUUCCACCAAGUCGAACGUUUGGCCUUUUUUGCGGUCUCUUGACAGAAACUUUACCGUGCGUUACAUUCGGGGGACGCUGGUCUCGGGAGGUGUAUGUUGAGAUUGAUUGCUGUCCAAAGUUUGAGACAGUGGUCUGUUUCAUGCCACUGGCAAGCCUGCUGUUAUUAAACCACCAGGCGGGCCCUGUCCAGAGUCUGCUAACGUUUCGGAGAGGCUCAUUCGGAUUCUCCAGAUGUACUGGUGGUCCUGUCCCAUGUGAUCUCGAUUAGUCUCGUUACGUCUAUGCGGUGAGAUAAUGUAAGACGGAAGGAGAUAAAAGCAGUGGCGAGUUGCGAAUGUGUACCCACUUCUCGUGGCCCACACUGUUUGAGAGACGCCGAUUGUGAGAAGGGGUAGCUAUGAUUGUAGGUUCGCGGGUGGUGCUUUAGACGGUAAUGUCCCUUUGGUUGCACCAGUUGUCCAGUGCAUGGCUAUGUGCUCUGGGUGCUUAUUGGCAUGUGGUUUGAAGAACGCCAGAGGGUUUGAACUGCUGUGCAGGAGAUUCACAUGGGCUCAGGCUCAGGACGGUGUAGGAACAAAAGGGCAGGGCAGGGCAGGGCCGGGUAAUUUCCGUACUUGUGCUUCUGCUGUUGGAUGAUUGCUUUUUUGGCCUGGUGGUAUUGGGUGGUUGGUCCGUCUUCUUUGUGAAUUUUAGUGCAUGAUUGGGGUGUGAUUCGACUACGAAAUUGCGAACCCGCUCCUCCAGUUCAAUAUCAGGGCUUUUGCGUGUGGGAGUGUAAUGGUUGAACUGCAAGGUGCCAGCCUUUUGGGAGUGUGGGUGGGUGGUGCUGGGCGGGACGGUGGGCGGGUCCGGGUGUGCUUGUAUAUGGCUAGAACAGGAGGAAGUUGAUAUAUGCCAGAGGCUCUGGCGGAACAUCCCUGAUCGGUAAGGGUAGUUUUUGGGAUUACAGUUUUGACACUGUUGUCUGCGGCGCAGUUUAGGCACAGGACUGGACGUCAGGAUGGGGGAUAGCUAGGCUAUAGCCUGUUAUAUGUGACGUCCAAGCUGGAAAUAGAGAGGGAGAUGUUUGCGAUAGGAUUUGCUGCUUGGGAUGUAGUCGACGGCUUGAGCGGUUGGAGAAGGUUUUCUGGUUGAGGCGGAAGGUUGUUGCCAGUGCUUUUGCGUGUUUCGUGCGGCGGAUUCCUUCGUUGUUGCAAGAUAGACGAAGACGGCGAGGUAUAGCAGUGGACAUGGAGGUAGGUUGUUUUCAUCGAGUGAAAAAUUGAAAUUGGAUGGUACGUUGGAGAGAGAGAGAGAGAGAGAGAGAGAGAGAGAGAGAGAGCAGUGGACAUGGAGGUAGGUUGUCUUCAUCGCGUGAAAAUGGAAAUUGGAUGGUACAUUGUAGAGAGAGAGAGAGAGAGAGAGAGGGGAGCGGGAGGGGGAUCAUUUUUGAUUACCAAUCCAAUUUGCAGUUGUUGUUUGUAAUGCAAGAGAGCUUGGGGGGGAGGUGGUUUAAUUUGGGUGGUGUGUACAGGGAGAGGAGAGCCUUGCAUCAUGACAGAUUUACCUUUCCCUUUUAUCGGUGGGAGGUAGAUGCGUGUAACUUAAAUCCAGAUUAGGGCACCUACCGCGACAUUCCCUCCUUUCCUUAGAUUCGUUCGGGUGGUGAGUGCCGCGUUGUUGUUGUUGAUCUAUAGGCAAGGAUGCGGGUCCCGCCUGUGGGCUGGGUGAAGGCCUCGGUCUUGGUUCCACCUGACAUGGAUGAACCUAGGAUUCGGUCCAGGUUCAAGCUGUGCUGGUCCUUGGUAUAUGUAGGCUUGGCCUUAUGUGGCCGGUGAUGGCCGGCGAAAAGAGAGGAGAGGUUAAAAAGCAGUUGAUUGCGUUCGGUAGUUGUGGAGGCUUCUGGUCUGAUUUUCUCUCUAGUAAGAAAUCUUCAGUUCUUGUCAGAAGACUCGACUGUGUUUCUGUGUGGAAGCUCAACCCAUUAAUGUAAGAUUUAUUGCGUUUUUUAUAACUGUUUUUUUUUUUUUUUUUUUGGUUUGUUUGUUCUGUUCUUGAGACGUUCGAGGUCGUGCCUUUUCAAACCAAUU